AUGACAAUCGGCCAUAAUGGACCGUUACCUCCGAUCUCGUCUAUCCUCACUCUUAUUCCUGCACCGUCACUUGCGGCUGGUAGCGUCAGAUCUGAGGAAACCACUGGGCCUCUAGACACCUCUAGUCUCUGCUCCUCUCCGCCCAGCACCGAUUCCGAGCUCGAGGACACUAGAGAAAACUUCGUCGUGCAUGAGCCUCAGGGCGAGCCCGAGGUGUCGUCUUCGUCAUCAAGAGAGAAGAGAGAAGACAUCAAUUCCAUCGAUCGCAUCUCUCCGCUUGCGCCAAUGAGCCCGGACGUUCUCGGCCCUUCGAAGGAGACAAAAGAAGUGGCUCAGGAUCCCAACUCAUCUAAACCAGCCAAGACAUACAAAAAAGUCGCCUGUCCCAUCCCCGUCUGCUCUGGUCGAAUGCUAUACAACGCAGGAAGUAUGCAUCAGCACAUCCGCCUCUCCGCCAUACACAGGCCCGACCGUGCUGUACCAGGCUGGGAAAAGCGGUGGGGUAUUCCGGAGAAGUCCAGGGCCAAGAUGGUGUUGUGCCCGUAUAUUGGUUGCCUCAGCGGGGAGAUGAGGAAAGACACUCAGUUGGACAAGCAUAUGCUGGACAAGCAUAGCGUGGAUUACGAGGAGUGGCGUUUCAAGGUGGAACAAGAAGGGAGGAGGACCAAGGGUAGCACGCCAUUGGGUCAAUGA